ACCUUCCUUCACUGCAUUUACAUUUUAUUUUAUUUUUGGCUGCUUCAAAUAAAGAGCUCAAAUCAGAGCUGUACUGGAUUAAAGACUAAAGAGCUUCAUUGCAUGCAAGCCACUUUGCCACCUUCAAUUUCAGAUAUCUCCAAAUUCAGAAUCUGCCAAGUAACAAUUUACUUUGCUCCCUCAUCAUUCAGAUUUUGAGUUGGGGAUUUCGGAGUUUCAGCUCCGGAAUGCGAAACGUGACUUCGCAGUUCAGAAAAUCAAAUGGGUAUUAGCAAUUCUGGAAGUGUAUACAUGUACACGACGAUUGUAAUUUGAGAUGUCUCGGCCCUUAGUUGAGAUGUCUCGGUGCUCUGAAGAAAUGGACGUUGCGAUUGCAAAAUUGCAACAAAAUUUUCAGGAGCUGCGGAACAACCUUGAGAAGGCAUUUUUAGAGCAGGGUAGAGCGUUAUUGAGAUUUGAAGCUCAAUGGAAAGAUCUUAAGACGGGACAUACGAGAGAGCUUGAGCAGCGUGGUCUGCAACUGCAACAAAGGGGAAUCUUAGUACCUUUAACUGGGACACAGCACUUCCCUCCUGCAAGUCAGAAUCCCACCUUGAGGAGUAACAGUACUACUCCUCGAUGGAGUGACACCAAUACCCCUCUUCCUCCUAGAGAUAGCACAACGAAACUUUUUUGUGACAUAUGCAAAAUUUUUUGCGACACUAAGAUGGUACUUGAUAAGCAUAAAAUGGGAAAGAAGCACCAGAUGAACCUGGGGAAAUUGAAAGGCAAAAUUGUUACUGGACAAACGAGUAAGAAGAAGGCAGUUUAUCCACCUGAAGACGAUUUGCAGACUAAGAAACGGAGGGUUAUUGAAGGUGGUGCAGCACCCCAUACUUUAAGGACUUGUACUAUAUGUAACGUGGUCAGUAUUAGUGCAACAGAUUUCUAUAAACAUCUUGCUGGACAGCGACAUAGAGAUGCUGCUGCAUUGAUAAGUAAUGGAGCUGGGACGAGUAGCUACAGCCAGCUGAGAAUAAGAAAUUAGGGUGAGAAUAAUUUGUAAUUGCAGUAGUUGUACACAGGUGAACCAGCUUUGCUCAUUCAAACAAUUGACAUCUUUCCAUAUAGUGAGGCUGUGUGUUUCUAAUUUUAUUUAUUUUAGGGAUGUAUGUUUCUGUAUUCUGUUUAUAUAUCAUGUGAGAACUCUGGGGAUCUUAAUAAACAGUUUCUGUUCCUUUUGA